CCCGACCGCAGCCUUUCUCAUCUGCAAGUUCACUCCGAUGAAUUGUGACAAAGGGCUGUCAGCGCCCGAAUAAGAAAUCGAUGCUCGAGGAAGCGACGCGCGGCUCUCCUGGAAUUUUAACGAUCUCUGUUGUUUUGUUUUUUCUUCCCUCUUCGUCUUUAUAACCAUGCGAAGUGGCUCUCCUGGACUCCAGCUUGCCGCUGCAACUCGAGGGGGCUGAUAGUGACAGAUUACCGCUGUUGAGUGUCCAUGCAAGACUCGGAGAGGGUGCGAGAGGAAAGGAAACAUGUCUGGCCACUUCUCUGAGAGGAUCCCUGCUAUCAGAGAUGGCAUUUUUGCCCGGCACGGCGCUGCUCGCUUCUAAAGUGCCUCGCAAAAUCCUGUUCAUGUUCACGCUCUCGCUGUCCGUCACGUACCUGUUCUACAGUUUGAUGAGCUGCUACGACUCGCUGCGCUUCCCCGUGCUGGAGAACUACGCGUACCAGGCACCGGAGGUCACAACUUUGGCCACGCUGCGGGAGAAACUUUAUUCCACCCCUUCCCGCGCGCACCUCGAACACGAACUCGUGGCAACGACCGUCACGGCUAACCUGCUCACGGAGAAAUACGAGGUCGAGGAGAUCACGGCUGCGCGAUGGGAGCGAGCUCGGGCGGAGACGGCUGUUAGUAAGAGCGCCGCGCUGAACCUGGAGCAUCCGGAGACCAGCACCAUGGACGGAGGGUUGGGGAGAGCCGCGAACUGCACCUCGGACUACGGGGAGAAGAAAUUACCCCAGGCUAUUAUAAUAGGGGUGAAGAAAGGGGGCACGAGAGCUCUGCUUGAGGCGCUCCGAGUUCACCCGGACGUGCGCGCGGUGGGAAAUGAGCCGCACUUCUUCGACAGGAACUACGAAAAAGGACUGGACUGGUACAGGGACUUAAUGCCUUCGACGCUGGAGGGCCAGAUCACUAUGGAGAAAACGCCCAGCUAUUUUGUGACGAACAGUGCUCCUAAACGCAUUCACACAAUGGCGAAGGACAUCAAACUGAUCAUAGUGGUGCGCAACCCAGUGACACGAGCCAUUUCAGACUACACACAGACGUUGUCCAAACGGCCCGAGAUCCCCACGUUCGAGGUCCUCGCUUUCAAGAACCGGACACUGGGAAUAAUUGACGCCUCAUGGAGUGCGCUGCGUAUUGGCAUCUAUGCGCUGCAUCUAGAAAACUGGCUCCAGUACUUUCCCCUGUCACAGAUGCACUUUGUGAGUGGUGAGCGGCUCAUCACGGAUCCGGCCGGUGAAAUGACUAAGGUGCAGGACUUCCUGGGUCUCAAGCGCAUCGUCACCGACAAGCACUUCUACUUCAACAAGACCAAAGGCUUCCCCUGCCUGAAGAAGCCUGAGGACAGCAGCACCCCACGGUGCCUUGGCAAGUCCAAGGGCAGGACACACCCCAAAAUAGAGCCGGAUGUCAUCCGCAGACUGCACAAGUUCUACAAGCCCUUUAAUAAUAUGUUCUACCAAAUGACAGGGCAGAAUUUCCAGUGGGAGAUGGAGGAUGGAGGUGACUCCCCCGGCCCACGGGACUGACAGACUGGCGCAUCGCCGCUCCACCAGCUUAAACCCCCACCCCCUUGAAAAAACACCAACAUUGCUUCAGCACAAC